UUUUCACAUCAGGCAACCCAUAACAAACCAAAAACAAAAAAAUGUUAAAAUGAUAAGCCGAGAAAGUAAAUUUAGUGCUGUAAGUUUUAUUCUAGGUAUCUCUACGCAAUUGUUUGGUGUGUCAGAGUAUGGUGAAAAGAUUGCUUUGUUACUAAGCGAGUCAUUCUUCUCAUCAAUUUAUGCACUGUUUUUAUUAUAUUUCAUCGUUUUGGUUCUUUCGUUGAGCAUUUGCUUUAAAUCAAAGGAUUUUCAAAUCGCAAUUAGAGCUGGAAUUCUGGGUUAUUUCUUUGGAAUCAGCAUCUAUAUUGCUUUUGCACUGAAAGAUCAAUACAAAGCUUUCGGCAUUUAUGGAGCUUUUCUCACCUUCUUCCAUUUUUCGGAGUAUUUUGUGAUUUCUAUCACAAGCCAUCAAGCACUAUCACUUGAUUCGUUUAUGUUAACACAUUCAGUUCAAUAUGGAAUUGCAGCAACACUCAGUUGGAUUGAAUUCUUUUGUGAGGCUUAUUUUUUCCCCGAUAUGAACGAGUACAAAAGUUUUUGGAUUGUUGGAUCACUGAUAUGUUUGUCAGGAGAAAUUGUAAGAAAACUUGCAAUGUUCACAGCGAAAAAAAGUUUCCAUCAUAUUGUUCAAUUCCAACAAGCUGAAGAUCACAAACUUAUAACAAAUGGAAUUUACAGGAUUUGCCGUCAUCCAAGUUAUGUUGGAUGGUUUUAUUGGUCCAUUGGCACUCAAAUUAUUCUCACUAAUCCAUUUUGCUUCAUAAUUUAUAUCAUUGCAAGUUGGUUAUUUUUCAAAGAAAGAGUUUAUAUGGAGGAAAUUGCAUUACUGAAUUUUUUCGGCGAAGAGUACUUAAGAUACCAACAGACAACAAAGACUGGAUUGCCUUUCAUAACCGGAUAUUCUGUAAGCAACAACUAAACUUUUCCAAACUUUUACAAACAAACACAAAAUGUAUUUCUCACAGUUUUUUAAUUUUAUAUUAAACAAUUUUUAAUUUUAUAAUUGUGAUAGAAAAUCAGUCAUGUUGUGCACAUUUUAAAUCCCCCAUCGAUGCCAAUUAUUAUCUCGUCUAAUAAAAUAUGCAAUAAAAGUUGUCAACAUUAAAA